AUGAACGGUGCAACUUCACCAGAUAACCAACGAAAUAAUAAAUAUCCCAUAAAAAUUAGAACGUUCAAGAAAAAUCGAUCUCCAGCAAUCUGGACUAACGACGAAGAAGCCGCAAUAAACAAGGUUUUUUCAAGUGCAGAUUUCCCGCCGCUUGGUGCACUAACAACAACCCAGCAAACUACUUCUUCCGCUUCAUCAUCUCUAUAUCAUGAACAAACAGCUGCAUCAGGCGCUCACCAACCGCAACUCUUGGAACAAAAUACAAAUAUUUUGCAAUUUGAGAAUAGCAGAAUCAAUAAUAACUUGCAACCACUAAUGCCAUCUAUUCAAAUACCAUCGUCAACAGCAGCUGUACGAAAACCCAGUGGAAAACAAAAAACUCCAGGAGUUCAGUCAAAACAUUUUAUAUCUAGUACAACACGUAGAGUAUCGAAUUCGAACGUCAUUACAAAUACUCAUUUGAUACAAUCAGACACUAUGAACCCGAAUGCUGUAGCAGGGAACAGUUCAUCAACAUUGGUCACAGCAGCAGCAGCAGUACCACCACCACCACCUCAACCUUUAACAUUGUAUGAAAAGCAAAUUUAUGAAAAGUUAUGUGAGAUUAUUUUAACAAUUCAUAAAAGCAAAGAAUUCGUUUCUCGUGAACACGUUCAACAAGAGCUAUUUCGUUUUUAUCGUAUAAAUUCCUGGUAUGAAUUACGAGUUCAACCAUCAAGAUUUGAUGCAUUCAUGAAUCUUACUGAUCGACAAAAGAGCGUGAUAUUUUAUUUGCACGUUUUCGAACAAACAUUCAAUUUAUGUACGCUUAACGAUCUUGGAUUUCUUAUUGCUAGAUUUAUGAAAGUGGACAAAUAUGAUGAUCUUCGAUUAGGUCCACUCGAUAAAAAUCCAGAAGUACAACGAAUAUUUGGGUAUCAGCCAACCAGCCCUGAUCAACCUAUUCCUACGAUAACCACUGGACAAGUUAUAAAAAAGUUCAUGGAUUUUCAGAAAGUGCGUCGGCAGCAGCGAACUACACUGGAUACUUUUCUUGAUUUUCUUGUUCAAGAUUUCAUGCUUCAAUCGCGCGAGGAGCUGGGUCUAUUUUGCAAAAGUUAUCCUUAUUUAAUACAGGUGACCAAUAAUGUACGACGAGAUCUAGAUUCACAUAUACAACAAGAACAGCUACUGGUACAACAAGAAUUCAUUGAGGAUGUUCGUAAACAUCUAGAAGAGUUUAAAGAAAAAAUGCAUGACGAAUUAGAACUUUCAUCAUUCAAUAAGAAAAAAACACCGACUGCUGUAUUCAAUUACCUCACAUCAAUUGUUCAGAAGUAUUUAAAUUUCAUACCUCAACAACCGGCACUUUAUACGAUACUAAUUCAACUUCGUGACGAUGAGAUGUUACGAUGUCUAUUGAAUCUAAGCAUAUAUCUAGGCACUAUUGAAAAACCAGAAGUAUUUAUUGCAGAACUUAAAAGGCUUAUUGGUUAUCAAGACAAAAUUUUGCCUAUGGAAGAAUUAAUGACGGUGCCAGAAACGCCUAUUACAAUGAACAAAAUGAGCAAAAAAGAUCGUAAAAAAUUAAAAGCUAUUUUAGAACAGCAACAAUUACAACAUUCACAUGUCAGCGACAAUGAGCAGAUAACAACAGCAAAUGCUGUGCCUGUCAGUACAUCCUUCUCAAGCUCAUUUUUCGCAUCUCAAGCUCAUCAACCAAAAGCAGCAGUCUCUCUAAAACAGCUUUGCUCGGAUAUUUAUAGACAUCUGGUUUGUUUUGAUACACCACCCAGUAUCCAACAUCUUCUCCAAAUUGAUGAGGACAUUUGUAAUCAACAUGGCGUUACUAGUUUUUCUGCAUUCGCUGAUGGUGAUAAUGAAUACGAUGAUAUUCCGGAAAAUUUUGUAUCAUUUCUUAAUAAAUAUCGUGACACGAUUGAUCCAAAUGGAGAAUUAUCUGUUUAUGAACAGACGAAAUCAAUGGACGAUCGAAGUGCAUUAUAUUCAUUUGUUCAGCAACUGACUAUGAUCAACGAUGAUGGGAUAAAUGAAGAAUGCCAACCGCAACAUGUAACAUUGACGCAUGGACAUGUAAACGCUGAGCAACUUCAUAUCAGUGCAGAUAAGCGAUCAGCAAUUGAAAAAGCAAUUAAACAUAAAUUUGGUGAAUCUAUCAAUUUUCGUAAAGGAAAUCAAAUAAUUAGAAAAGCUAAAAGAAAAUUUCAUAAAAAUAAACAUACAAUUAUUCGCUUCGAAGAAUCUGUGUUAGAUUUAAAUAGUUUAAAUCAGCUCGAUGUUUGUUCAAUGUCAUUAAAUGUUAAUGAAACGCAAUUAUGCCAAUUAAUACUUCACUGCCCAUUAAUGACAAAUCUUUAUACAUGGCUUCAAUGGAUAAAUUUCUUUCAACCAAAAUAUGGUGCACUCCAAUCAUUUAUUACUAAGCAUGAGAUUGAGUUCAAAGAUCUUCAAUUAUUUGAAACAUCAACUGGAGAACUCUAUCGUUUACCAAUCGAUCCCAGUCUUGCUACGUUUGAACGUGAACUUGAUGCAAUGCAUAUUCGUUCUGCUGUUGGACAUUUAUGUUCAUUAAUUAUCCAAGAAGAGUUGAUUACAAGAUUUCCAAUUAAUGUUUAUCGAACAUCAAUGGAAACGUGGUUUCGUCAUUUGCAAUCUUUGGCUACAUUACAAAAUGAUCAUACCGAUCCAAUGCAACAUAUACUUGAAUUUUUAAUGUGUCUACCAAUACUGAUUGGUCAAUCCCGAUUUAUUGAAGAACUGAUUCUUCUACCGCUAGAUAAAGUGUUUGAUGAUGUUUCAGACAAUCAAAUAAAUCCACGAACAAAACUAUGGAAUUUGGCAAAUGCUCAACAACGAAUAAAAUUAGAAGUAUGGGGUCAUAAAGUUGAUAUUUCCGAAUGGAAAAAUGAGAAAAAAUGGUUAGGUGGUGAAGAAUCAGAAGAAAGAUCUAUAAUCCAAUCAGCACAUGAAUUGAUACGACAGCAAAUAAUUGAUACAGUCAAUCCCGCUGCGUCGACAACAACUGUAAAUGAAUCACUUUCGGCCACGACUACCAAAAAAACGACCAGCUUAUCUACUCUAUCAACGACGGCUAAUAUCGAUAAUGCAAGUGAUUCGAUUCAAGCUGCAUCCCAACAUAUUGAAUCGAUUCGUCGAGGUUUCGGUGUUGAUAAUGGCCUUGAUGCUGCUAGCCAAUCAAUCAUUACUAAUCUUCGAGGCAUGGUUGAACGAAGUUUAGAAAGGUUAUCUAAUGAUCUCUAUUUGGAACAAGGUCAUUUCGUAUUAGAACUUAUUCAAAAUGCUGAUGAUAAUCAAUAUACAUCAGAUAUCAUGCCUACUCUACGUUUUACUCUUUCGCCUGAACGAAUACUUGUCUGUAACAAUGAAAUAGGAUUUCAACCUAAUAAUAUCAUGGCCAUCUGUAACGUGGGCGCUUCAACCAAAGGGAAACAUAAACAAGGAUAUGCUGGCCAUAAAGGUAUUGGUUUUAAAUCAGUUUUUAUGGUAUCUCAUCGACCAGAAAUUCAUUCUCGAAAUUAUCACAUAUGUUUUGAUACUGUUAAUGGAACUGAACAAAUCGGGUAUACACAACCGAUAUGGUUAGAUCAAUACGAAGAAGUUUUGCCUAAUGUUGACGAAUGGACAACAUGCAUUCGUCUACCCAUUAAAAAAGAUGCACGAGACGUUCGAUUGAAAGAAAAUUUUAAGAAAAUUGAAUCUAUUUUUCUUCUAUUUCUUAAUCGUUUAAGAAAAAUCGAAAUUAUAAAUCAAUACGAUAUCUCUGAAACAACUAAUAAUAAUCGCAUAUUUACUAGAAUCGAUCAUGAUCAAGGACAAAUUAUAGAAUUAGAAGAAAAAUACAUGAAUGGAACUAUCAUUAGUAACUUAUGGCUUGUAGUCAAAAAGGUUAUUGAAGUACCUGCUGAUAUUAAGAUAAAAUUGCGUGACGUAAAAGGUGAUGUUGAUACGACGAUCAUUGCCAUUGCCUAUCCGCUCAAUGGCAUUCAAGACUCUUCAUCAUCAACAGUCCCACCAACACAACCUGUUUUUGCAUACUUACCACUGUGUUCAUAUGGAUUUCGUUUUAUUCUACAAGCUGAUUUUGAAGUUCCGGCAAAUCGACAAGAGAUUCUGCAUGAUAAUUUAUGGAAUGAAUGGCUUAAAUCAGAAAUGACUUGCCUUCUUUCGUUAGCCUAUUAUCAAUUUGAGCAUCUUCACGAAUUACUUGUAUCAUCUAAAAUGAAUACACAAAUCAAUAACCACGUAACACCGAUACAAAUGAUAAAAUACUUUCUUAAAUUUUUUCCUCUUCAAAAUGAAUCAAAACCAUUCUUCAAUAAAUUUGUCGAUAAAAGUAUUCAAUUAUUAAGAGGAAUUAUUAAAUUACCGAUUUCUCAACAAAAUGAAAAAGGCGAAACUGUAACCGAUUGGGUUUCGCCUUCUCAAUGUGUAAUUGUGCAAGAUCAAUUUAUUCGAAAAAUUCUCUCACAAGAUCUGUUAUUAUCGCACUUUAAUAGUUAUUAUGUACACGAAGAAUUAGUCCAUGAAUGUGAUGAACAAAUUCUAUUGAAAUUAGGCUGUCGCCAACUCGAUUUUUCAGAUAUUACAUGUCUUAUUGAAAUGUCAUAUCAAAAAAAUGAACAGCAACAUCUUAAAACACCAGCAGCUAUAGAACAAAUUGCUCAAUGGCUGGCAUGUCUUGACUAUAGUCUUCAAGAACAACGAGAAGAAAUGAAUUAUAAAGAACGUGAAAGUGAAACCAUUGCUAAAUUGAAAAAAUUAAAAAUCAUUCCAUUAAAAGACCAUUCACGUUUAGUAUCUGUUGAUGAAUUCGACAAACACGCGAUCUCAUUUCCAUUGAGUAAAUCUAAUAAAUUUUCAAAGCAUCUUAAACUUGUUCUUGACGAUUUACCAACAGUGGAUGAACAAUUAAUUAACUUCAUUGAAGAUAAAUAUCCAAGGCGAGCUGAGUCCAUUCAACGUCUUUUUCAAAAUCUUGGUAUCACCAGAGAACAUAAUAUUCGUGACAUAUAUCGUCAGCAUAUGCUACCGAUUAUGUCGGAUGAAACUCGUUGGUCUUCAAAAUCAGAAUCCAUAUUGAUUGCUUAUGUUUUAUGUAUUUAUGAGUAUAUUUACGCACCUAACAUUAAUCAAUUCGAAAAUGAAUUAAAAACAUUACAAAAUAAAAUGAUUGUCAAAACACGUAAUAAUAAAUUUGUUUCAUUGGGUUCUCCCGAUGUCAUUGUUCAUUUAACAUUAAAGUAUGACUGUAGAACUUCAUUGGAAUCUUUAAGUUCAUCAAAUCAUGAAUUCCUUUUUAUUUCGGAUGAUUACAUAAACGAGUUCUAUCAUACAGAAGCAUUCCGUACUGGUCAAGGUGCACGUGAUUUUGUCAAAUUUCUUAAGAGCCUGAAUAUAAAUGACUUUCUCCACGUAACCAUCAAUGAAAAAUCGUUUUUGACUGUUCAACAACUUGCCGAUACUAAAUGGGCCUAUUUAAUUCCACAACUAUCUGAAAUGGUUCAUGACACAUUUAUCAUACAAGAUUGUUCGUGUGAUGAAUUCAAUAAACUCGUAUCACCGUCUGGCGACAACCAAACAGUUAAUCUUGAAUUAUGUGUUCGAUUACUUCAAUAUUUAGAUUCGCAUUAUAGAGACGAUCCGAGCUACUAUGCAGGUUCGGUGUCACUAUUUCGUCCACAUAAAUUUGCUCGUCAUACGCCAAUAAAAGGCAUUGAAUCGUCGUUUUGUUUGUCCUUACGACAACAUGCAUGGAUUCCUGUUCAUGGUGACAUAUUACUUAAAUCAAGCGAAGUGUAUUUAUUGCCACCAAAUGAUCCGACAUCAGUCUUUCGUCGAUAUGUACCACAUAUAGAUGAAUCAAAAGUACGCUUAAAAGAGCAAGAAUUUAUUUAUAAUAUUCUUGGCAUAAGAUCGAAAAUUGAGCAUCGAACAAUAUUUGAGCUGUUUAUGAAAUGGUCGUGUAAUCUUGAUAGUGAAUCAUUGUCGAAAUUGAUCAACCAGGCAAAUACAUCUGAUAUCAUUCCUUGCACUCUUCCGAAAACAUUCCGUCAAUCAUGUCUCGACACAAUUGAUAAUUUUCGUCAGAUUUAUCAUUUUCUGGCUUCCAACGAUACUACUUGUAAUCUUCUCAGUCGUUUUCGUUCAUGGCCCAUUGUAUUCAUUCCACGAAAUCAAACCACUGGCGACUUCUUAUUCGUUGAACAAACAUUUUGGAACGAUCCAGCCUCCCUACUGUCAUCACAAGAUGCGAUUGCAGAUUCAAAUGGUCGCAUUCCUAUUCAAUCGUAUUAUAAUGAUAAUUCCUUGUUUCAUUCACUCUUUGUUGAAAUACUUCAUGUUGAAUUACACCCGACUGUCGAUGAUUAUUUACCAUUAUUAUCGAUUCAACAGGAUAUUCAGAAAAUUUGGCAGAUUAUUGAAAUAAUUACUAAAUUAGCCAUGGAACAGAACAAACAAAUAGAAGUUCGAGAAAAAUGUCUCGAUAUUGCUUUCAUUCCGUGUAUGGAUAAUAAACAAAAACUAGUGAAAUACAUCGAUCGUCCAUAUUAUCCGCAUGAUGUCGAGAUCGCCAAUCAAUUUUCAGAUGUUCUAUCAAUUAUUAAAUUACCAGAGUUCCCGAUUAUGACUUCGUUUCAAGAACAAUUCCGUUCGCUUUUUAAUAUUGAAUCUCUUGGUAAAGUCGUUCAAACAAUAGUUCAAGUUGAAAAUGAACAAACAUCAACGAGUCUACUUGAUUUUUACAGUUCUUCUAUUGAUCUAAUUCAAGAUUUUCUAUUAAAAAAGCAACUUAUAUCACAACCACGAUCUGCUCAUCUUUCAACUGUAUUCGCUCGUAUGCAUUUUGUUUGUGUCGAUCGUAUUGAUUUAUCAUACUGCCUUGGAAAUGAUAUCAUAAAAUCAGCAUCAACAUCCUAUCGUAAAGAUUCCUAUGUCGAUGAACAAUCAGGCAAAUUUUUUAUUCUAAAAAAAUUUGAAAGAUCUGAGAUGCGCUAUAUCGAUGCAAUGGUUGAAUUUAUUGUGGAAGACGAAAUGGUGCGAUCACAGCUCACAUCCUGUAUAAAGAAACUUUUGCAAAUUUAUGAAAAAGAUGAUCAAGAUGGGUUAGGCAAAGUACGAGAAAAUCUUAUGGUCGAUAACGAACCUAAAUGGAUUAUUCCGAAAGAAAUUAAAAAAGAGAUACCGAUUCCGGAACCCAUCAUAGAACAAGAGAAACCAAAGAUCACAGCUGAGGAACUUGAAGAAUUGAUGGAGGAGCGUUCCAUUCGGCCGAAACUACCGCCGAAAAAAGUAACCACUGAAGAAAAUACUAAUGUAAUAAACAGUUUUCCUGCAAAAGCUGGCAUUUGCGAAACUUCUGAUAAAACCACUCCGAAGAUACACAACCAUCCGAAAGACAAUAAUUCAACGGACGAUGAUAAUAAAUCAUCAAAAUCAUAUUCAAAUAAUCAAAGCCAUGAUCAAGAACAUGUAGUACAGAGAAGCACCACUACAGAACAUAAUGGUGAAAUUUCUAACGCACACGAAACAAAUAAUGAGGAGAGAAGACCAAACAAAGGUCCCUAUGUGCAAUCACAGGCUCCUAUUGCCUUUUCAGGCCCGAUUUUGUCGGCAUCAGCUAAUUUCGAGGAUGUUGCUGUUUCGACUUUGACGAAUAUCGAUCUAGACGCUUUCACUUCGACUGAUAACUCGUCCAAUAUAAGUGCUUCGCAUCCGAUUGGUACUGAAGCCGAUCGUAUAACAGGUCGAUUAGGUGAAGAACUCGUUUUUCGCUACCUUCAAAGUAAAUAUCCGGAUGACGAUAUUAAAUGGAUGAAUCAAGAUGCAGAAAGCGGUACUCCUUAUGAUAUUCAUCUGAUUGUUAAAUCAGAUAAUAAUCAAGAAAGAUUUAUUGAAGUUAAAACCACUCGAUCCUUUGAUCAUAAUUCAUUUCCAGUAUCGAUUGGCGAAGUUGAACAUCUUCUUCAACAUCCAUCAAAUUAUUAUAUUUAUCGAGUUUACUAUGCUGAUAAAGCAGAAUCAUCAAUAAUUACAAUCAUGAAUACAAUUAAAUUUAAUUUAGAACAAAAAUAUCUCAAACUUCUAAUGACUUUUGAAUCAAAGUCAGCAGAUGGACAAAAAUAA